AUGGGUGAAAAAGCUUCUGCGCCUGUUCAGUCGAGGCAGAUUGUUAAUCCACAUGGUUCUAUUACUACGUCGACUGUAACUUCACUGGAUAGAAGUGCUGUGAUGGUAAUAACGGAAGGGCGUUCUAGUGGAAUACCUUAUAAUGGAGAGCCUAUAGGAGGUGAUAUCAAAGCCGACACAAGAGCUGAAAGAAUAGUAAUGAAGUCAUCGGCAGAAGAAGAGCCCUUGCCUCCAGUGCUUGAUAGCAAGCCUGUUUCAAUGGGUACUAAUGCUACUGUUGCUCCUGAGAAGACCCAAUUCCAGGAGUCUACUCUACGGGACUCAGAAAGGGCUAGCCGUGAAAGUCAAGCUCUGUUAGAUGUAUCCGGGGAACAUAGUUCAGAGGAUUUCUUCCCUUGGUCGAAAGUUGGGUCUUUCGCUAAAAGUGGAAAGGGUUCACCGGUGACUGAGAAUAACAAGUUGGUUAGGGCUUAUAUUACGGAAAUUUUAUACAACGACUGGUACCAUAAUACUGGGGUUAUUGUUGGCACUUGUUUCUUUGCUUGGUUGCUAUCGUACUGUGGAUUUUGUUGGUGGGCUUUAGGGUUCGUCUUUUUCUGUACAGGUUCUGUAUAUCGUACGCAACUUCGCCGUUUUCAGAGGAAUAUAAGGGAUGACUUGAAAAGAGUUGAUAUGGAGGAAACCCUUGGCGAUCGGUUAGAGACUUCGGUUUGGUUGAAUACUUUUUUGGCCAAAUUCUGGGUCAUAUAUAUGCCUGUUUUGUCGCAACAGGUAAAGGACAUUGCCAACCCUCAAUUAGCUGGAUCUGCACCGGGGUUUGGUAUUGAUGCAUUAUCUCUUGAUGAGUUUACUCUUGGUACGAAAGCCCCUACGAUCGAUAAUAUCAGAUCGUACCCUAAAAAGGGUAAGGAUGUUGUUGAAAUGGAUUGGAAGUUUUCGUUCACUCCAAAUGAUGUGUCUGAUAUGACCGCUAAACAGGCCGAGUCAAAGGUUAACCCUAAAAUCGCCUUAGGGGUUACUGUGGGCAAAAGUUUUGUUUCAAAGUCUUUACCCGUUCUUGUGGAGGACAUUAAUGUUGCAGGCAAGAUGCGUAUCACUCUUAAAUUUGGGGAUGUUUUCCCUAAUAUUAAAACAGUAUCGGUUUCGUUCUUAGAGCCGCCUCUAAUCGACUUCGCUUUGAAGCCUGUUGGUGGUGAUACUCUAGGUCUAGAUAUUAUGUCUUUCUUGCCAGGUUUAAAGACAUUUGUGAAGAGUAUGAUUGACUCUAAUGCUCGUCCAAUGUUAUAUGCUCCAAACCAUUAUGAUAUUGAUGUCGAAGAGCUUAUGGAAAUGCAGUCUCAAGAUGCAGUUGGUAUUGUGGCUGUUACUCUUAAGUCUGCCAAGGGGUUCAAAUCAGCGGACACCAAUUGUUUCAUUUCCUUGUCAACUGAGAACACUGUCACUGGUAUGGAUGAAGAAAUACGUUCCGCUGUUAAAUAUGGUUCUUCACCUACAUGGGACGAAACAAAGUUUUUGUUGAUCAAUUCUCUACAGCAGAAAUUGUACUUGAAAUGUUUCAACCAGAACAGUGUUCGUAAAAACACGCUAAUUGGAGAAACGGAAUUUGAUCUCUCAGAUCUUUAUCAACAGUCUUCCCAAGAAGGUUUGGUUGCUGACUUAAAAAAUGGUGCAAAAUCCAAAGGCCUGUUGAAAUACGAUAUUAAAUGGUUCCCUGUUGCUGAAAAAGACAAGAAAGACGAUAGUUCUGCUGCUUCUUCUGACUCUGAUGAUACGGCUAUUGAAAAUGAAGAAGCAAAUUUGACUGAUGCUGGUAUUUUGAAAUUUACGCUACACAAAGUGAAAUACUUAAAUACCGCCAGCUCAAUUACUGGUUCAUUAUCCCCCUGUGGAGAAUUGUUCAUUGAUGGAAAGAAAGUCAGGGAUUACAGAACUCUAAGACAUAUGAAUGAACCCUCAUGGGAGGAUUCAUUUGAGAUCUUGAUUCCUUCGAAGCGAGAUGCCGAAUUUUCCUUAAGGAUAUACGACGAGCGUAUAAAUGGCAAGACUCUUUUGUGUGAAUUCAUUGCGCCAUUUUCAGAACUUAUGUCUGUAGCUGAAAAUGACAAGCAAUAUGUUACAGGUUCUCCACAGGGUGAAAUUUACUUUAGUGCUGUAUGGAAAUCGGUUCCUAUCCCAGAAGAUACACUAAACAAGUCUGAAUCUGCUCAUGAUCCACUAGGUGGUCUGAGAAUUCACAUUCGUGAUGCCUUGGUUAGGGACGAACUGGAAGGCGUUGGUGAUGUUGAUCCAUACUUCAUGAUCAGUUCUGAUAGGUCUGUUGUAUACAAGUCUAAUUUCUAUUCAGAAACAAGUAAUCCGACUUUUGAUGAUAUCGUUUACAUCCCGAUCACGUCUGAACAUCAAAUUGUGACUAUCGACUUAUUCGACUAUCAAAAAAUUGGAAAAGAUCGUUUCAUUGGAACUUGUCAUUUAACAACUGGCAAUUUGAUGCCUAAGGAUCCUACAACUAACAGAUAUACACCUGCUGGAUCCGAUGGUAAAAUCUUAGAGUGGACAUUGAGUGAUAAAUCCAAAAAGGCCACUGGAAAUAUCUUAAGAACGUCCGUUACCUUCAUUCCAACCUUCCCUGUGUAUGCUCCUCAUGAAAUAGAAAGAGUGCAGGAACUAGAGAAGAAACUUGCUGAAAAACAAGAGAAGUUUGACGCUGAACAAGCAAAUUUAAAGAUUGAAAUGGAAAAGAAUCCUUCAGAAUAUGAGGUUGUAGAAGUUGAUGUGGAUGAUAAGGAACUAGCUCAGCUAUCGAAGAAAGAAAAAAUGACUUUUAGUCAACUGGUUUCGUAUAAUUCUGGGAUUAUAUCGUUCAAAAUUUCAACUGGGAAACUAUCGAAGAAUGAUUCAUAUUUACAGAUACUCUGUGAUGAUUUCGCAUACCCUGCAUCCGUCUCUGGUAGAGCCAAAAAUGGUACUCUGCAAUCAGAACAUGGAGAAUACUUUGUUCGUGAUUUGCAACACAGUAUAACUACAUUUAGGGUUACCAAAAAACCAAUUAUUAAAGAUAUUGAUGAUGUUAUCAGUGAAGUCACUAUUCCAACUCUCCAAUUGUUGAAUCAGAGCUACGACAGUCCAACCACUAUAGAUCUUAAGGGGUCUACUGUUGAUCUAGUUUGUCUAUUUUCGCCAAGUGCAACUAAAUUGCCGGAUACUGAAUUAAUUACUGACACUGGAAUUCUGGAGUUGGACAUUGUAUCAGCAGAGAAUCUGCCAGCUCAUGACAGAAAUGGCAUGUCUGAUCCCUUUACAGUUAUCAAAGUUGACGGCACAAAACUUUUCAAAACGGAAAUUAUUAAGAAGUCACUCUCACCGGUGUGGAAUGCUAAUACGAAAGUGCCUAUUGCUUCAAGAACCAGGAGCACUCUUAUCGCUGAAGUUUAUGACUGGGACAGAAGUGGUUCUAAUGACUUACUCUGUACAGUGAGAUUUCCGCUGUCUGACUUAGUCCCUUUGGAACAGCAAGUUUUUACCUUGCCGUUGGUGCCUCAAGGUAGGAUUUAUUUCAAAACAAAGUUUACUCCAGAUUACAUCAGACCCGCAGUGAACAUCUCAGAGGGAACGUUCGCUUCCAUGCCGUUGAAAGCGGUCGGUACAGUCGCCAAUUUUGGUCUCGGAGUUGCCGGUGCAGGUGUAGGUGCAGCUGCUAAUGUCGCUACCGCCGGAUUUGGUGUAGCUACAAACGUCGCAGACUUUGGGAUAGGUGGCUUGCAAAAAGGUGGGCGUUUACUGAAAGGCGUCGGUAGCUUUAAAUCCCCCCUAAAAACCAAAGACAGCGGUGAUUCUGAGAAUAAACGUGACAGUUUCAUUAGCCCUCCGAAUGCUACUCCAAACAAUAGUUAUGUUGUUGUUCAAUCAGAGCCUCCACAUGAGAACUCCUCUUCCGGCGGUAAAAAUGAUACUACUAGUAUUGGCGGUUCACCAGGUCCAAUGCGUAAGCGCAAUCUAUCGCAGGCUAGCAGCAGUCUUCGUCCGCUAAUCCCACAGAAUAUUUAUCCCGGUAGAGUGACUUUGCUUGGUGCUGAAGGUCUCGGAAAAUCUGUCCAAGUACGAAUUUCACUUGCAAAAGAUGGCAAGAUGAAACAUCUUUACAGGUCAGAAAAACAGAAAGCUGAUGCUACCGGCGCUUGCAUUUUUCAUAAUGAAAUAUGUGAAUUCAAAGCACCCCCAGAAGCAAAUUUGGUCUUUGGGGCCGUUGCCCAUCACACUUUCAGCAAGGAUACUAAUCUGGGUGUUGCACAAAUUAAUAUGGGAGAUCCUCAACUCAAACAAGACAGUCAAGUGUCUAUAAAACUGGGUUCUGGGCAUAUCAUCUUUAAAAUCGAGUACGCACAAGAUGAUGUUCCUCCUCUACCGCCUGUGCCAUCUGAAUAUACUUUAUAG